AAAAGAUUCGACUCAAUAGAACGAUUCACGAAUCGGACAUCUCUAAACGGCCCCCCUGCCCGAAGGCUUUUACCCCUCCUGCUUAAUGACCCUCAUCUAUUCAAGAACCAUUUGCUCACCACUGACACACUUUCAGGACAUUUAUGUAAAAGAGCUUUCCUAAAAUGUGCCGGUGUCUGUGAACCUCGCAUCCUGUCCCACUCUCACCGCCAGCUUUAGCUCAGCAUCCAUAUUUUUCGCAUCCGUGUGGGAGAGAGAGAGCGAGCGAAGGGAGUGGCAGACGCUGACAAAUCUCAUGCCGGGAAGCCGACUGAGCCAUCCCUGCACACAUCAUCUGAAGUUCGCCGGCGCCGACUUCUUUUUAAUUCACAGGAUUUGGACUUCAUAAGUCCCACAGGUAGAAUGGAGAGGGAUAUCCGUCAUCCUCACAUUUAGUGCCUCGAUUAAGAAACCCUUAAUAAGCUGCGAAACUUGAAGUUUCUCCAGUGGACAUAAUGAACAUGCUGAAGUCCAGUGGCUUGAAGAUCCCUGGCAGGGGUCCUAAACACUCCAGUCCAGUGGGACGAACAACUGCUGGCCCAUCAACCAGUCCUGCGGCUCAAAAAGACAGUUGCCCCUACAAGCAGAUGGCUCCCACCCCCAGCAGCAACGCCUCAGACAAGUCCAGCUCCAAAGCCUCCGAGGUUGGUGACGAGGUGGCUGGGGACUUUGUGGUCGGUGAACGUGUCUGGGUGAACGGAGUCAAGCCAGGAGUCAUCGCCUAUCUUGGAGAGACCCAGUUUUCCCCGGGACAGUGGGCUGGAGUGGUGCUGAAUGACCUGGUUGGAAAAAAUGACGGCUCUGUCAAUGGAGUGCGUUACUUCGAGUGCCAGCCUUUGCAGGGCAUCUUCACCAGGCCUUCCAAGCUCAUGCGGCAGCCCGUCGGGGAUGGGGGUGACGAGCAGCAGCAGAAUACACAGCUGCAGGGUGGCGCGGGAGCAUCUGGUCAGCGUGUAGUCAUGCCGCUCAGAGAAGGCAUGCUCAACAGCUCCGUCAAAACCGGCAACGAGUCAGGAUCCAACAUGUCUGAUAGUGGAUCUGUGAAGAAAGGUGGAGAGAAGGACCUUAAGGUUGGCGAUCGAGUGCUGGUUGGCGGCACUAAAACAGGAGUUGUGCGUUAUGUGGGGGAGACUGACUUUGCCAAGGGCGAGUGGUGUGGAGUGGAGCUGGACGAGCCGUUAGGGAAAAACGAUGGAGCUGUAGCUGGAACCAGAUAUUUUCAGUGCCCACCCAAGUUUGGCCUCUUUGCUCCGAUCCACAAGGUGAUUCGGAUCGGCUUCCCUUCCACCAGUCCAGCUAAAGCUAAGAAGAGCAAGCGUAUGGCAAUGGGUGUGUCGUCUCUGGCUCACAGCCCCUCCAGCUCCUCCAUCAGCUCUGUCAGCUCCGUGGCCUCCAGCGUGGGGGGCCGACCCAGCCGCACUGGCCUGUUGACAGAGACUUCAUCAAGGUACGCCCGGAAGAUCUCUGGGACCACGGCUCUGCAGGAGGCCCUGAAGGAGAAACAGCAGCACAUAGAGCAGCUCUUGGCUGAGAGAGACCUAGAGCGGGCCGAGGUCGCCAAGGCAACCAGCCAUAUCUGCGAGGUGGAGAAAGAGCUGGCGGCGCUGAAGGCCCGACAUCUGCAGUAUGCAACAGAGACCGAGAGCAACCUACAGCAAGUCCGAGCCCUGCUGGCAAGCACCCAGAAAGACAAAAUGGAGCUGGCCAAUCAGCUUGAAGAAGAGAGAAGGAAGGUGGAAGAUCUUCAGUUCAGAGUUGAGGAAGAGUCCAUUACCAAAGGAGACCUGGAGACUCAGACUAAACUGGAGCAUGCCCGUAUUCGGCAGCUCGAGCAGUGUCUGCAUUUGGAAAAGUCCAAAGCAGAGCGGCUUCAGAAAGAGUUAGAGGAAAAUAUGCAAACUACAGUUGAGGAGAAGAGUCGGGUUAUGCAGCUGGAAGAGGAACUGGCUCUGCGCAAGGCUGAGGUCGAGGAGCUCCAGGUUCGGGUUCAGAGGAGCUCCUCUGGCCCAGGCACAGAUGCUGGAGACAGUGGGCCAGGCGUAAUCUCCGAGACUCUGGUCUUGCGAGAACAGCUUCUCUCUGCAGGCCGCGAACGCCGCGAAGAGAGCAGCCAGCUGCGCGAGAGGUACGAGGCAUCCCUGAGCACCAGCCAGAAAGAAGUUGAGCGCCUUAAAGCCACCACAGAACGUCAGGGUCAAGAGAUCUCCGACCUGAAGCAAAGACUUCAGCAGGCCACUCGUGAAAACAUGGAGAUGAUGGACAGCUGGAAAGCCAAGCUUGACGCUUUGGUUGGAGACCAUCACCGUGCUCUAGAGGAACUAAAAGCCUCAUUAACGGGCAGUCGUGGGGCCAGUGAGAGCAGCGGAGGAGAGGGUGAAGGAACCACACCUGAGAUGAGAGCAGCUCUGGAGAGCCUAAAGAUGGAGCAGCAACUGGAGUUGGAGAACUUGAAGGCCAAGCAUGAGAUUGAUGCUGCUGUGAUGGCCAAAGAGCGUGAAGACCUACGUGCCCGACUUCAGGAUCUGAGGGACCAGCUAGAGGAGAGCGAGCAGAACUGGAAGAUCCAGGUGGAAACCAAGAGCAACCAGCAUACUCUGGAGCUCAAAGAGGUUUUAGAGAAGCUCCAAAGGGCUGAGCUGAGGAUCAGCGAGCUGGAUAAGUCCCAUGAAGAGCAUGAAAAUGCCACCCUACUUCUCAAAGAGCAGCUGGAGCUGGCUGAGAAGAAGAUGGUAGAUUAUGAAGCCCUGCAGAAGGCUGAAGCUCAGAGCCGAGCAGAGAUCCUCUCUCUGCAGGAGAAGCUGAGGGUCAGUGAGAACCGACUGCAAGCUGUGGAGGCAGAUCACACCACCCAGGAUGUUAAUAUGAUCGAAAAUAAUGACAACUCUGAAGAAAAGAUUAAACUGAAACAGAAUAUGGAAGAAACUCUGGAGAAACUCACAAAAAGAGAAAAAGAAGUAUCUACUCUAACAACCCAAGUAGAUGCCCUAAAGACCCAAAUAACUGCUUUGGAGGAAAAGGUUCGUUUAGGAGAGAAGGCGGCAGAAGGAUUCUUUAGGGAGAAGACGCGUUUGGAGGCGGAGCUGGAGUCCAUGACCAAGAAAUCCCAUGAUGCAUCAGGCCAGCUGGUGAUUAUUAGCCAGGAGCUUCUGAAGAAAGAGAGAAGCCUGAAUGAGCUUCGGGUGUUAUUGCUGGAAUCUCCGCGCCACUCUGCAGGAGUGGAUUGGGACAUUAGCCGUGAAGUCCACAGGGCAGAGUGGAGGAUGAAGGAGCAGAAACUGCAGGAUGACAUUAAAACCCUGCGGGAGAAACUUUUGCUGCUGAGUUGUGAGAGGUCAUCUCCAGACCACCGUCGAUACUCUAUGAUGGACCCAUCUGCUUCAGACACAGAAGUGGCCCGUCUGCGUCAAAGGCUGCUGAGCACAGAGGAUGCCCUGAGGAAUGCGCUGGAACACAACCAACACGUGGACCAGCUAGUGCAGGCCAUGCGUACCCGCCCGGACAAGAACCAGGCACAUGCUAGUGCAAAUUCUGCAAAUGGAAUUCACCAAGAAGACACUUCCUUUACACAAGAGGAAGAACACUGAUGAGGGCUAAAACAGUUCUUGGAUGUUUAGGGAAGAAUGGAGGUGAAAUGGAAAGACGUCAAUUGGAUGCCUAGACCUUUGGACUAAUGCUUCACUGGACAUCUUAUUUUCGGUUUACAGUUAACACCAAAACAACGACUUUAUAAAUGAACAAACAGAAACCACAAAUUGAAGAAUAUCUAAAAUAAUCUGAGAUGCUAUUAAAGACAUAAUGGAAGUGGUUUUUAAGGUCAAUGGUACAACAAGGACAAACGGAUCCUGUAGACUACCUCCGAGAUGGACAAUGAUGUCUGACUUAAACGAGAGCGUUGGUCAGGAUACUUGAAUCCUCGGAAAAAAACAAAAAAAAAAACAAUACCCUGCUAUACUCCCAGUUGGUUGUAACCAGUUGCAGUUUAGAAAACAUUUUUGGCCUCAAUUUAUACUGUUUAAUUUAUUUGCCAUUUCUUUGCUUUUCACCUUUUUUUAAAAUGGUAUAUUCAAAGAGAUAAACUGGCCAACUCUCAGCACAAGGUUUGAAGGACUUGGACUGGUCAUUGGUCACUAGAUUCUGUAGCAAACAAGUAAAUAAAACAGACAGGAUCCCUUAUUCCAUACCUGCUCAUUCUUGUGUUGAUUUUUAUUUUUUUCGAGACUUAAAUUUUAAUGUAUGAAUUUUACAGUAUUCAGCAACCAUGUUCAACAGAAUUAGCAAGUUAAGGUGCACCGUAAAGCUUCAAGAACCAGUAUUGCAGUUUCAGUCAAUAUUAGUGCAUACCUUUGUAAUAUUAUAAAAUAAUAGCAGACAAUCCCAACCUGUAGUUCAAUUCAAAUGAACAAUGAAACAACAGCUUUCUUUUCUUGUUUUGAAUCAUUUGCUGAAUCAUUUCAUUGGCUUGUCUUUUACUUCAGCUGGUGGUGAGAUGUGAUUGGAAUAUCUUAAAGGGAGGUACUACAUGCAUAAGUGACCAUUUUGGCAGAAUUUAAUCAUUUUUCAUUGAACUGACAUUUUACUCAUAUAGCAAAUACAACAAUCCCAUGUUUCACCACUCAAAAUACAUUUAGCUAUUUUCAUCUUUAUAAAAGGGCAAGAAGCAUGUUUAUUUACAUGCACACACAUCUUUAUUUAAUAUUUGACGUAAGCAACCUUUUGACAAAAAAGUUAUUUAAUAUUUUUUUUUAAGUAAAAUCACAUGUAGUGCCUCCCCUUAAAAUAACAAAAAAGACUGUUCUCUCUGAUCAGAUUUCUGUUUGUUUCAAACAGAUCUUUAUAUUUAUGAACUAAAACAAACCUGAUGUUAAAACAGUACAAACUAUAACUGCAAUCUCAUAAAUCAGUGUCUGAUCAAUGGUAUUCCAGAAUUUAUUCUCUCCUUUGAAAAAUCAUGUGGAUGAAACAGUGCAAUUUGGCCAAGUUUGUUCAUAAAGCAACUUUAUACUGAUGUGAUUGUCAUUAGAACCAAGAAAGCAUUUGUUUUCAAAAAGAAUAGGGAAAAUGAUAGGGCUGGCCCCAAGUUUUGCAGUUAAAAUUGCUUUGGAUUGCAGUUGGAUUCAAUAAAAAUGCCUUUUAUCUGUUGGGAAACAUUUCACUCACCACAUGCUGUAAUGGAUCCCAAGAAUCAGUUAUUAAACAUUAACAAAAGAGA